GGGCCUUGAGCACACUGAGCGUGGAUGUGCCAAGACAGACCUGCUGCUGGACAUCCUCUCUGGAGCUUAGACUUGUAACCCGACUCAACUCAUACUGGAAAUCUGGCUUUUAAGGAGUCAGUCUUACUACGCUAACAGUGUAAGGAAAUGGUGAGCAGAAGUGUUGGUGGCACAUCCAUUAUUGUCUCAGAGGAGAGUAAGAUUGUUUCUACUCAGGAGAACUGCUCUUUUAUAGAGAAAAAGUAAAGGUAAUGUUUGAAGAAUGGAUGGAUAUAAUACCUCCAAGAAUGCCUCUUGUGAUCCUAUACUGCCACACCAUUUAAUACCGGUUUACUUCAUAGUGCUCAUUGGAGGACUGAUAGGCGUCAUUUCCAUCUUAUUCUUGCUGGUGAAAAUGAACUCACGUUCAGUGACUACCAUGGCUGUCAUUAACCUCGUGGUGGUUCAUGGGGUAUUCCUACUGACGGUGCCUUUCCGCUUGACAUACCUCAUCAAAGGGACUUGGACAUUUGGAUUACCCUUCUGCAAAUUUGUGAGUGCCAUGUUACAUUUACACAUGUACCUCACCUUCCUCUUCUAUGUGGUGAUACUCGUCAUCAGAUACCUCAUCUUCUUCAAACGUAGAGACAAAGUAGAAUUCUAUAGGAAAUUGCACGCAGUUGCUGCCAGUACUGCCAUGUGGCUUCUGGUGAUCAUCAUUGUGGUGCCCUUGGUGGUUUCUCAGUAUGGAAAUAAAGAAGAAUACAACGAACACCAGUGCUUCAGAUUCCAUAAAGAACUCGGCCAUGAUUAUGUGCAAGUUGUCAACUAUAUUAUAGUCAUUAUUGUCAUAACCAUUGCAAUGAUUCUCUUGGGUUUCCAGAUCUUCAUCAUAUUGUCCAUGAUGCGGAAGUUCCGCCACUCCUUACUAUCCCACCAGGAGUUCUGGGCACAACUGAAAAAUCUUUUCUUUAUUGGUAUCAUCAUUAUUUGUUUUCUUCCCUACCAGUUCUUCAGAAUUUAUUACUUGUAUGUUGUGGCACAUUCCAAGAGCUGUAGAAACAAAGUUGCAUUUUACAAUGAAAUCUUCUUGAGCACAACAGCCAUCAGCUGCUGUGAUUCCCUGCUCUUUGUCUUUGGAGGAAGCCACUGGGUUAAGCAAAAGAUUGUCGACAUGUGGAAUUGCCUUUUAUGCCAGUAGCCAAGAUUACCAUAUUCAUUUCUUCCUGUUGGGAAUGGGAAUAAGCAAGGAGCUAAGAAUGGUUUUUUUUUUUUCAUUGCUUCACUGAAACCUUGUCUUGACCCAACCAAAGAAAAGGAAUAAAAAGUGUCCAAGUGUUCUACUCACUCUUAAUGCUAUUCCUGUUUUUCGUGAAGGUGCUCAUGCAAAGAUGAGUUGUAGUGAACCUAUACAGAAUUACCAUAUUGCAUUAUUUCCCAAUAUACAGUGUCUGCUUGGAAAAUGUGUGUCUAUUGGGUGCUGGAGUUUUGUUAGGGCAUGGUAACUUCCUGGGUUUGAAACAUUGUUUCCCUCCUAGGCUUGAAGCUGCAGUUAGCUGAAGAGUUAUUUCCCAUCCACUUCACCGUCUGAAGCCUGAUUAUCACAUGGCUUCAAACAGAUAAUCUCUGCUUGGUUUACCAGACUAGUUAGCACGGUCACACACCUGGGAAGAAACCAGGAAAUCUGGAGGAGCAGGAAACUUCUGGAUCAUCCUAGCUUUGGAGGAAACACCAGGACUUCUGCUCUAAGAAGCUUUUCCAGCCUUGUCCUUUUAAAGGUUGUGUUUAAGGACAUGGGGAUUGACAGCGCAUUGUCAUCAAUCACCCACUUUCUCCCAAAAUUAAAAUUGUAUCCUUCCUAAGAUACCCAAGAAAUGGAGAAGGACUAAGGCCAGUGUGAUACAAUAUAGGACAAUUAUGCUUUUUAUUUUGUUUUGUUUUGUUUUUCUUCUCUGUAUUUUAAAAGGACUUUUGCAUGUCUAGGGCCACAGUUAAUGUAUUUUUACCCAUUUGAAGAUAGGAAGGCACACUGGUGUCUUUAUGUUGUACUCCACAUUUAAAGUCAUAUGUUUUUAAGUAAACAAAAAUUACAUUUUGAACAGAAAUAAAUUUGGGGAAGAUAUGGGAUAAUCCUUAGUUUAGAAUAUGUGAGAUUUAAGUUAUGUUAAGAGACUUUUAGAAAAUAUUUGAAAAUGAAUGAAUAAAUAUGUGGAAAAGUAAUACCAUUCCAUCCUUAAAAAUAUUAAGCCAUAUGGAUAACCUUGCCAAAAUCUUAGUCACAUUUUGCAAUUUGCUCUAUAACUUGUGACAUGUACCUUAUUAAAUUACAUUAAACUUUUAUUUCAAGAAUGAUUCAUGAAUAAAUUCAUACACAGGUUUAUGGUUUGUACUAAAUUAUGUUGUUUAUUUUUUCCUUCAUUAUUCAUGAUUGUGUUUCCCUUAGUUUCAUGAUUUUGAAAUUUUUCAGGGAACUGAGCCAUGUCCAGAUUUAAGGCUUCAGAAAGCUGAAGUCAUUAGUGGUGUGAGUAGAACAGGUGGGUCAAGAGAGCUCUUAUUCUGGGAAGGGACAUCCUUAUAUCUUAAAGACUUUUCAUCAGUUAUUGCUGAUCCAUGGAUCCCAACUUCAUCUGAGGGACAAGAAGUGAUCCAUGAGGUUCUAGUUUCAGUGAAAUUACCAAGGCAUAACAACUCAUUCUAAAGGAAUAAAAUGUAGCAACACACUGCAAAUGUGACCAUUUCCAACUUGUCCUCUUUAAAUUCUCACAUCUCUUAAAAAUAUUUCUUUCAUUUUUUGCCAGUUUCCCUUUUGUAUUUAUUUUCUAAGUUUUUUCCUCAUUCUGUUUCAUAAAGUUUGCAAGAACAUCACUAAGCCUCAUAAACAAUAUAAGAAAAUUUGUAACAUCUACAAAAUAUAUACGAAAAGAAAGAUAGAAUGAAAUAUUUAAAAUAAGUUUUAGUUAUAAGGGUUUUCUGAGGGGUUUAUUCUUGUGGCAACUGUAACUGUGGACUGUGUACCCUACUUUUAUGGACUGGAUUAUCAGAGUUUUAGAUAUGUUGAUACAAAACUGUUAUCUAUUUCUCAGUGUUAUGGUAAAAGGCCCAUGUAUUUCUAUGGGCCUGCAUAUAUAGAGAACUGUUAUAGACAUGCAACAUUCUGCAAUUUAUAAUACAUUAUUGAUCAGGUUUUACAGAAUAAAUGAAAAGUCUUUGA